UGUUCAGUCACGUGACUGAUGCAGGGUUCUCAGCCACACUUCAAGCCCACUCAAAAUGUACGUGCUUCAUGGCACGCAACAAAGACUGGUUGACGUCGGUUGACGUCAUGCACGAAAACUCGCUCACGCGCUGUUCAAAGCAAGAUGGUGUCGUUGUCUUCUGCUGCAGUACGGCAGCAGCUCCACAACGACUCAAACAGCUUUUCCGUGCUCCUUCCUGUCGCAGAGUUGUCGUUGCUUUCGUUUUGUCGCAGCAUUUAGCUGACGCGUUUCUGGCAGUUUGCUCCACUGCACGACUUGGAAACUAGCACCAUCGUCUUCCGCGUCCUUGAUUUUGGCAAGGCAAUGCCAUGCAACGAUGAGUGAUCGAAGCGAAUCAGGAUGUCCUGGCGAGUUCUGUCGUGAAGCUGGUCUGUCAAAGUGCUUCCUGCUGAACGCCGCAGCAGUAGGAUUCAAGGAAUCGCGUCGUCGCUCGGACAGGCUGAAGUCAAAACGUGAGGAGUUUGACCAGACGUCGACUGUGACGAAUGGCCUUGUUCUGGAGCUCACCCAUUUCAUGAAUGAUGAAGGCUUAGCCUGGUCAGCCCUCCACACUUGGCUAUCAACGAUCAUGGAUGUUGAAGUACCAUGCUCCGUGAAGGCCCUCACUGCCAAAGUCAGGCGUCUCCAAGCAGCAAGAGCUAAGUUGCUAAAGGCUUCCCGUCAUGAAGCUCUGUCACACCUAAUUUGUGAAGAAUUUUCUGUCCCAGAAUCAAAAUCUGAGAGCACUGCAGCUGUUUGUGGAGAUAAUAAAACUAGGAGUAGCAGCGCAGGUAGUGAUGUAAAUUGUAGUAAAAUGUCAGACGAGGUUUUUACGGUGGGCAAUGUCGACGCAGUCGGAUCAGAUAUUGAAAUUGAAAUGGGUGAAAUGCAGGGCCGGUUGUCUGCAUCACAUGACAAGGUUCGUAACAUUGGGAAAAAAUUGCGAAGACGAAAUGAGAAAAUUAACGAUCUUGAAGAAAAGGUGCAUGUUUGUGAUGAGGAAAGGAAAGUGGUGGAAGAAGAAUUGAGUGGUGCUUUAGAGAGUGUUGAGCGCCUUCAGCGCAAGCUAAAUAAUGUUUAUUGCAGGACAAACUAUGCAAAGACAAAGUCAGCUAGCACCACCUCAUCUCUAAGUGAUUUAGGUGCAGAGCUUGGAGUUAGCAUGCAGAGGGAGAAGGAGCUCAGUGAAUUGGUCAAGGACCUGUCUUGUCAGCUGGAGCUAGAAAGAACUGUAGGCAGUGCACGGCAGCACAUCACUUCCAAAGUCGAUGGAAAGUACACCACAGAAGUACGCCAAUGUUGUUAUGAGCUCCUAGGAAAGAACGUAGGUGUUUGGAAUGUGGGUCCUGUAAUCCGUUCUGUAUUGACCCUGGCAGGUGCUGAGAUUUCGGAGGUCCCUAGUGCAGCUACCCUUUCACAAAUGUUGGUUGAGCUCAGACAGGUGUCACAAUUGCAUGUUGCAAGCUCUUUGGCAAAUGAGCAGUUCACUACUGGACACUGUGAUGGAACAUCAAAGCAGGGUGUUUCCUAUCAGGGCUAUCAAAUGGCCACUCCUGACAAAGUGUUUAGUUUGGGCAUGGUCGAAAUGAAAAGCGGGACAGCUCAGCAUGUGUUCGACACAUUUAAACAAGUCUUGGGCGAUAUUGAGGAUGUGGCAGCAACGGCUGGGCAUGCAAACAUUGCCAGUAAACUCCUGGCUAACAUGAAGAACACCAUGAGCGAUAGGUGCAUUGUGCAGAAGAGUUUUAACAAGCUAGUGGAAGAAUAUCGCAAGGAGAUAUUGCCAGACAUUAUUGACGGGUGGGAAGGGUUCAGUGAGGAGGAACGCACGUCUAUGAGCCGCAUAAAUUGUUUUUAUUGUGGCAUGCAUUACAUUGUCGGCUUGGCUGAUAGUUGCACAGCUGCGUUAAAGGUUUGGGAAAAGGCUCAUUUUGGUGAGGGUGUGAAGGUUGGUGCUGAGCGACUUCCUGGGACAUGGCAGGGGACAGGGAACACAGCACGGCUUAUUUACAGUACCACUAAAGCCUUUGAAAAGCAUGGUGAUGAAGCAGCGGGGUGCGUAGCGGAUUUUCAUGCUUUCCUGUCUGAGACAAACACACCAUUGCCUCUUGAUGAGUACAGGGGAAAUCGAUCUUACGUUGUAUUCCACAAUGGUGCAGGUAUUUAUUAUCUCCACAACAAAAUGCUGCAUUUUUUGGUUGACGUCAGUGUACGAGACAAUCAACUUUUGCGUGCUGUUAAAGAAGAUCUGGGUGAGACAGAGUUGAUUGCAGGUGCUCGAGCACUUGGUAUCUUGUCCAAGCUUGUGAUCAACCCACUCUGGUGUCUGCUGGAAGAUCCGGAUGUUUCUGUGCUUGAGGUUGGCAAGUACUACACUGCAUUGAGUAGCAAGUUUGACGACUGGGCGAAAGAUGCAAGCGACCUCCUUGACGGCAGCGCACGGCCAUUUCCCGAUGCAAAGGUAUCCACACUGUGCGAUGUAUUCACAGCUCUCGUGGAGCCGUCGGAGAAGUAUGAUGCUAUCACGUUGGAGAUCCUCGCUUACCUCUGCUCGACGCUAGCUUCAUUCUCAGCACGUCUCCUCGUGGACCACUUACCGGGUGGGAAGUACCACAGUGCACCGGGCCUAGCUGUUGAGACUGCUUCGGUUCGCAAGACCAAUGCUGUCAGUGAGCGUGACUUCGCACAAUUGGACCGUUUGCUUCGCGAGAAGCCUAAUGCUGACACUGUUGCUCUGGAAGGUAUGAUCCUGUUCAACAACAACGAGACCGCUUCAUGGCUUCAGUCUCUUUCACCAGCUGAGCAGUCCAACCUGAUUGAAGUGGCUAGGCAAACAGCUCCAUCAGCGCGUCAGCAGUUCAAGGACAGACGGGUCGCUAUCCAACAGCAUCGCUUGGCAGAGCUCAAGAGAAAGCAGGCAGAAAAGGAGAAGAAGCAUCAAGCCACCAUUGCACGAAAAGAACAGUUGACCAAGGAGAUUGAGGCAUAUGGUCUGUGGACAGAGGAGACGAACAUCGAUGAAAAGCUUGCAGCAAUUUCCUCUGUCACUGGUCAAAGAGCAGCAUUGCGCUCACAACUCCAGUUUCGGAAAUUCGUUCUGGAGCAGAAAGCUUCCAAGGAGCUGUUCUUUAUGAGCUCUGCUGGCCGUACUCUCCCAGUUGCAACAUUGGCGUCCAACUUGAGGAAGCUGACUCCCCAGCGCAGUGAACCUGGCAGUGAUGUGGCGAGCGCUGUUGAUGAUGAAUGAUGUAUAAAAGCGAACCGGAACUGUACGAUGAAUUCACUCUGCAAGAGUCCUCGUUCAGCCAUAAUUCGGACAUGAUGUAUCUUUCUCUGAGCUUUUCGGCUUGAUCUAUUAUAAAUCUCUUCUAUGUGCUCUGAAAGUUCUCAAAUUUAAUUUGAGCAUUCUCUUAUCCGCUAAAGCGUGUAAUGUCUGUUAUGGGUGUGGUUUUGUUUGCAUUUGAUAUCCUGGCGCAUGCCUGUUUGUCUCUCCAGCAAUGAACUCUUUGUCUUGUCAUGCAAUGCUGCAUAAUUCCAGUGAUCUUCUUUGUGUUUUCCUUUCGGCACAGUCGAAAUUGGGCAGCAUUUCAAGGUAACCAACACUGACACAUUGUA